UUAGGGGAGGGAGCAAGAGGGGCAUUCGUCGGGAGACAACAGAAGCGGCCGUUCGCAAGCACGGCGCAGCGAUAUAUUUCGUCCUCGAAUUCGGCCCUUCCGCCGAGGGAUAUGGCCGAUUAGUGAGCCGAAACGUCAAACCGUCGGCAGAGCUAACAGGACUGUAGAUCGAGAUUGCUGUUAUCGUUGUUGGUGAGAAGCCGGCAAGAUGUAUAAGUUAUUGGGUGGUUUGAAGGACUACCUGAAGUGGCAGGAGAUCACGGUGGACAAUGCCAUCUUCAGGCUGCACAACCUUUUCACGACAGUGCUGCUGUUGACAUGCUCCCUGAUCAUCACGGCGAACCAAUUCGUCGGCAACCCCAUCCAAUGCAUCGUCAGCGGUCUGCCCACGCACGUCAUCAACACCUAUUGCUGGAUCACCAGCACGUUCACCAUGCCUGACGCCUUCCAGCGUGAGGUCGGCCUCCAUGUGGCCCAUCCUGGUGUCGCUAAUGACUUCAGCGACGAAAACGCCAAGAAGUACUACACCUACUAUCAGUGGGUUUGCUUCGUGCUUUUCUUCCAGGCGAUGAUGUGCUACACACCCAAAUGGCUGUGGGAUGCCUGGGAGAACAACCUGAUGAGGACCCUGGUGAUGGGUCUCAACAUCGGCAUGCGCUCCGAGGAUGACAAAAAUAAAAAGAAGAAAGUCCUCGUCGACUACCUACUGAGACACAUAAAGCGCCACAACAUGUAUGUGUUCCACUACUGGAUUUGCGAGUUUCUCUGCUUCAUCAACAUCAUCAUCCAGAUGUACGCGAUGAACACCUUCUUCGACGGCGAGUUCAUGAGCUAUGGACUCAAAGUACUCAAUUUCUCUGAAGAAAAUCAGGAGGCGCGAGUGGACCCGAUGGUAUAUGUGUUCCCGCGGAUGACCAAGUGCAUCUUCCACAAGUAUGGUGCGUCCGGAUCGAUCCAGAAGCACGACUCGCUGUGCGUGCUGCCGCUGAACAUUGUGAACGAGAAAACAUACAUCUUCAUCUGGUUCUGGUACAUGAUACUGGCUGUGAUGCUGUUCGGCCUGCUGGUGUACCGUGUGCUCAUCCUGCUGCUGCCGUCGAUCCGGCCUAAUCUGUUGGUGUUGCGCCACCGCGGCCUCAUCUCCAAGGAUGUGGCGCAGGCUGUCAGCCGCAAGACCGAAAUCGGAGACUGGUGGGUGCUCUACAUGCUCGGCAGGAACAUCGAUCCGCAUGUGUACCGUGAGGUCGUUGGCGAGUUGGCCAAGAAGAUUGAAACGGCCGCCAGCAACGUCACAGAGUCCAGAGGCACCUCCUACUGACCACCAUUUGGCAUUUCAGACUGAAAAAUUAAUUCAUUUCACGCGGUGCUAGGCCUGCCUCGAGCACACAGUGGCUCUUUCGCACUAUUUAUUCGAUCCCCAGUUUCGCAAAUUCUAGAACUGACUCGAGAGGACUCUAUUUUGCAAUUAGUAAGUUAAGGAACUUCGCAAGUAAGACUCAGCACGUGUCCAAAGUGCCUUUUUCCCCCCAUUCGAUCUGAGAGAUGAUGCAUUCGUGCAGUCGCAUAUUAUGAUGUUUUGUGAGUGCUCAAUGCGGCUUGUAAAUUUUUGCAUUUAUUUUUAUAAUGACUCGCAAUUUAUUACAGUAAUGUACGCAGAUGUAUCGAAGAACUGGAAUUAUGUUGUAUGGCAAUUAAAUCGAACAAAACGAAAAUAAACACCUUUCUUACAGAACAA